CCUUUGAAUAAAGUCUAUAAAGUCGUGUUGUGCGGCGGGGAUUGGUGUUGCAGUAGAUCACCAAGCGAAACGUAGAGAUGCAACUACCUCUUGUGGCUUAUCAUUCUCUGCUGCAACAACAUCUGUGUGAAGAUAUUUCUGUUAACUCACCAGUUAAAUAUGCUGCAGCGCACAAGUAGAAUAUACUGUAAUGAGCAAGUUGAGAACUGCAGUGAUGGUUAGAAAAACAUCAUUAAAAAGAAAAGAAAGUCUGAAAAACUCUCCACAGAGGAAGAGGUUAUGUCAGGAACAGAUCAAAGAAGAGUCACCCAGGAUUGUACCUGUCAAGGAAAUAGCCUACCAUUCUUUUAAGGAUCUUACUGAAAUCCAUUCCAUUAGGGCGAGCCUGCUGUCCUGGUAUGAUAAAAACAAACGGGAGUUACCUUGGAGGAGAAUGGUUGUGAUAGAGUCUAAUUUGAACAAAAGGGCUUAUGCAGUUUGGGUGUCUGAGAUCAUGUUGCAGCAAACACAGGUUGCCACUGUAAUCAACUACUAUAACAAAUGGAUGCAGAGAUGGCCGACCUUGCAGGAUCUCACUAAAGCCACACUGGAGGAAGUUAAUGAAAUGUGGUCAGGACUUGGAUAUUAUUCCAGAGGAAGAAGAUUACAUGAAGGAGCACGAAAGGUUUUGUCAGAAUGCAAAGGUGAGAUGCCAAAGAGUGCAGAGGAGCUACAAAAGCUGCUCCCUGGGGUUGGGAGGUACACAGCUUCUGCCAUUGCCUCAAUCGCAUUUGGACAGGUAACUGGAGUAGUGGAUGGGAAUGCAGUACGAGUGCUGUGUCGUACUAGAGCGAUUGGAGCGGACAGCACUAGCUCAGCAGUGACAGAAGCACUUUGGACGCUGGCCAAUAUCUUGGUGGACCCUGUUAGACCGGGAGACUUUAACCAGGCUAUUAUGGAGCUGGGUGCUACCAUCUGUACUCCCAAAGCUCCACUUUGUUCCGAUUGCCCUGUUCAGACCCACUGUAGAGCUUACCAACAGGUUAUAAAGGAGGAGGAAGCAGUCUCAAAGAGACUUCUGGGUAAUACCAUGUCAAAAGUCUCCUGCACCCCAGAUAUUGAAGAAUGUGGGAGCUGCUCCUUAUGCUUACCUGACAAAAAAUCCUGGGUUAGUAGUCUCGGAGUAAUGAAUUUUCCAAGGAAACCUGCAAAGAAACCACCACGAACAGAGCGAACGCUGACGUGUGUGGUGACACGGAAGAGGAGUACUGGUGAUACAGAAGAAUACUUCCUAGUUCAGAGACCCAACUUUGGACUGUUGGCUGGAAUGUGGGAGUUCCCCAGCAUUCUAUUGGAGGCCGAGUUGACGGAAAAGAAGCAGAAGCACAUUAUUUUAGAUCGACUUACAGAAUUAUUGGGGAGAUCGGUUAUGGAGGCAAAUUUGCGUCACCUGGGCGAGGUAGUACAUAUCUUUUCUCAUAUUCACCAGACCUACCAAGUGUACAGUAAUUCAUUUAGUGAUGCAGCCAUCAAUACUGUGAAGCAGGAGCAGACAGAAUGUCCUUCCUUCCGCUGGGUGACCAAGGCUGAGUUUCAUCAAUCAGCUGUGUCUACAGCCAUGAAGAAGGUAUUCAGUUUAUUUAGCCAGUCGUGUAUGAACGAAAAGCUGCCUGUCAAGGGUAACAAGCGAGAGCGUGAUUCUGUACCAAAUGGGGAAGAGCGGAAAGGAAGAAAACACACCGCUCCAAAAGACAGUGGGAGGAGACAGCUCUCAAUGGACAGUUUUUUCAAACCUGCAGUGAAGGAACCCCUAUAGCUGGCCGGAGAGAGCAGCCAGUCAACACUUCAUCUUUCACCUCAUCAAGCCCAAUCCAGGAUAAGGCAACCUGGAUAACUGCAGCUGAAGACUCCCAUUGAAUGCCAGCAAAGACCAGUCUAUUCCUUCAAAGGUGAUGAGAAGAAAGGCUCUCUUAAUGUCUGAAGAACCCCAUUUACAUGAAGUUAAGAACAUGCUACAUUAUUUUUCACAUUAGAGCAACAUUUGUGAGUCAGUGAUGUGCAAGUGUGUGCAGUCCCAAAGGAUUCACAACACUAAUAGCAGUCCAAUAGUACAGCAUUGUGCUCUCUGCUCCAGGUGUCAGCUGUUUGUGAUUAUAUUGCAAUUCACAAAUAAUAGCCAAUUUGAGACUUGGGAAUUCUUGGUCUGCCUUGUACUAAGCACUGUGCUUGCAAGAUGGCUCUUUAAAUUUUUUUUUACAUAAAAUACACUGACAGUUGUUUCCUAGUAAUCAAUUGGGUUUUCAGUUGAUAAACAUUGUUCCAUUACAGUUGUUAUUUCUUUGGCUGGACAAGAUCUUACACUGUGUGUAAAAUCACUGCUUGUCAUUGUUGGCCAGGACACCCAUCAGAAGCACAAAUCUUGACCCAAAAUGGAAUACACCCCAAAUUUUACUGUGAAUAAAACAAUUGGAGUGAUUUCAAAACUCUGAUUGAUAGAGUACUGCAAUGAAUGUGAGCUCAGUGAUGGAGAGAGAUGGAGUGCUACAUUGAGUAUGUGCUAUAUGUCAUGGAGCGUCACCUACAAUCAGUACUGGUCAUCACUGUUAGCAUAAAACCCAUCAAGAAUAAUUUUUUAAAAGUUGUUUUUGCAGUACUUAAAUAUCUAAGAUGUUUAAUCUUGGAGGUCAGAUGAAUGUUAUAAAUGGUUUUACCCAGGGUUGUAAUUUUAUUAUUUGAUUUCCCCCACUUAGUUAUGUUAUUGCCUUUUAAUCACUCCCAAGUAUCUAGUUCUCUCAAGUCUGAAGUAUUUGAUUAGAUUACAGACUUUCUUCUGUCAUCGGAAGAAAAAAUCCACAUGGUGCGGAUAAAAACUAAAAUAAAUUCUAUAAAACAUGGAACUGAAAUUACUAACUAAUGGGAUUUUUAUAUAUGAUUUAAGUUCAUCUGUUUCUUAUUUUUGCAAGUAUGAAGAACAGAUGCAGUGCUUAACAUAUAUUUUCAGCAUGCAUGGAUUUUAUAUAAAAUUGAUAUUUACUUCUAAUUUACUGCAUUUUUAAAAAUAUACAAACAUAUGAACUAGGAGCAGGAGUAGGCCAUCUGGCCCCUCAAGCCUGCUCCAUCAUUAGAUGAGAUUACGGUUGACCUGAUUGUGCCCUCAACUUCACUUUCUUGCCUAUCCCCUAUACCCUUUGACUCCUUUUAGUCAAGAAUAUAUCUACCUCUGCCUUAAAAAUAUCCAGUGGCUCUGCCUCCACUGCUCUCUGGGGAAGAGAAUUCAACAGGCUCACGAUUCUGAGAGAAAAAAAUUCUCCUCAUCUCCAUCAUAAAUGGGAGACUUCUGAUUUUUAAACUUUGUCCCUGAGUUCUAGUCUCUCCCGCAAGGGGAAACAUCCUCUCAGCAUCCAGUCUGUCGAGAUCCCUCAGGAUCUUAUAUAUUUCAAUAAGAUUACCUCUCAUUCUUCUAAACUCUAAUGGAUACAGGCCCAACCUGUACAACCUUUCCUCAUAAGGUAACCCCUUCAUCCCAGGAAUCAAUUGAGUGAAUCUUAUGAAUUGCUUCAAAUGCAAUUAUGUCCUUUCUUAAAUAAGGAGACCAGACCUCUACACAGUACUCCUAGAUGUCGUCUCACCAACACCCUGUACAACUGUAGCAAAACUUCCCUACUUUUAAAUUGCAUUCCCCUUGUAAUAAACCCUAACAUUCCAUUUGCCUUCCUAAUUACUGGCUGUACCUGCUAACUUUUUG